AUGCUAACCUAUAAAUGUGACAUCGUUUGUGUUAUCCAGUUUCUGUCAGCGAUAUCUUUGUUUAAGGCUGUCGUUGGAUAUGAUUAUUACUACGACCAAAAGCCUCUAUUUUUGACACCUUACUUGAAGGCUGGCAACAUCACGCAGGCCCAGCAACUUGCCCAGACCAAUGUCGGUGGUAGGAUCAGCUACAGUGGCUACUUCACCACAGAUGAGGAUUGCGGCAACCAUUUAUUCCAGUGGUUCUUCCCUGCAGAUAACGACUCUGAUUCGGCACCCAUGAUUCUGUGGCUGAACGGCGGUCCCGGUAGUACAUCCAUGUACGGCCUCUUCACAGAAAUCGGCCCUUGGAACCAUUUGAAGUCUUCCGGGUUCGUGGAAAACAAGUUCGCCUGGACGAAAGACCACAAUGUUUUGUUCACUGACCAGCCGGUGGGCACUGGCUUUAGUUUCACCGAAAAAGACUGUUACCCUACCAACAUCACGGAGGUAACGAGAAACAUGUACACUGCACUGGUUCAGUUCUUUCAAAUGUUCCCGAAUUUACAGAAGAAAAGGUUUUUCAUCGCCGGGGAAUCGUUUGCCAGCCAUUAUAACCUUGAACUGGCCGUUAAGAUUCACAAAGAAAACCAAGUUGGGGACCAAUUUGAAAAUCAAUUUGGUAGGAAUCCUUGUUGGGAACGGAAUUUUGGAUCUGGGCUGCAACGACGCAUCGGAUCUGUUGUACGAGCUGGGCAUCAUUGA